GGCUCGGGGCGGGGAAGGGAAGCAGCCGCCCGCUCUGUGUCUCUCCUCCCCCUUCCCCUCCUUCCCCCGCCGGCUCGGGCUGGGCGCAGACGCCGCCUGCCCGGGCGGGGAGCGUGUUCCCGGCAGUGUGCAGGGGAUGGGGCGGCCGGGCUGCCAGCCGAGCGCCCCCGGCCAUGAUGCUGCUGAGCAGGAAGGUGGAGGGGCCCCUGGCCGCAGCGCAGUCGUGGUAUUUGGCAGUUACUGGACAAACGAAAAGUCUGGUGGCUCCCCCCAUGCCAGAUAUGGAGACGGAUUGUACGAUUCUUACAUGAGAAUAGAUCAGAUCAGGUACCAAGACCCCGCAAAUGAAGAACACAGUCCGUCCGGACUUCCUUCACUUGGCAGAUCUAACGUCACUAGCAACAAACUCACAAUGAAGGAUCAUCCCCUGACUGGAAGCCAGGUCAAAGUUGAGCAAUUAUUUGAGGACUCUGGAAACAGAAGGAGCAGUACUCUUCAGUCUGCAGGGAUCAGUGGGUCCGAAAGAUCUCUUCCUUCCCUGACGAAAGAUAAAAGCACAGACAGCUUAGGCACAGCCAAAUCUAGUGGUAGUUCAUCAAAAACACAUAAACCUGUUGCUCAGGCUCCAGAGCAAGCACUGAAACAGUAUAAACAUCAGUUGUCUGCCUACGAGCAGCAAGAAAUAUUGAACUUCUCUGAAAUUUACUUUGUGGGUCCAAAUGCAAAAAAGAGGCAAGGGGUCAUUGGAGGACCUAACAACGGAGGGUACGAUGACGACCAAGGUAGUUACAUUCACGUGCCUCAUGACCAUCUUGCUUACCGCUACGAAGUCCUUAAAAUCAUCGGGAAGGGCAGCUUUGGGCAAGUGGCUAAAGUUUAUGACCAUAGACUCCACCAGCAUUUGGCCUUAAAGAUGGUUCGCAAUGAGAAGCGAUUCCACCGUCAAGCUGCGGAAGAAAUCCGCAUUUUGGAGCAUCUCAAGAAGCAGGAUAAGACUGGCAGCAUGAACGUUAUCCACAUGCUAGAAAGCUUCACCUUUCGGAACCACAUCUGCAUGACCUUUGAGCUCCUGAGCAUGAACCUGUACGAACUGAUCAAAAGAAACAAGUUUCAGGGGUUCAGCAUCCAGCUGGUACGCAAGUUUGCCCACUCGAUACUGCAGUGUUUGGACGCGCUCUAUAAAAACAAAAUCAUACACUGUGACUUGAAGCCGGAGAACAUCCUCCUGAAACAGCAAGGGCGGAGUGGCAUCAAGGUGAUUGAUUUUGGGUCCAGCUGCUUCGAGCACCAAAGAGUCUACACGUACAUUCAGUCUCGGUUCUACAGGGCGCCAGAGGUCAUUCUGGGGAGUCGCUACGGGAUGCCUAUUGAUAUGUGGAGUUUUGGCUGUAUUCUGGUGGAGCUGCUGACUGGAUACCCCCUCUUUCCCGGCGAGGAUGAGGGAGACCAGCUGGCUUGCAUGAUGGAACUGCUUGGAAUGCCUCCUCAGAAGCUCUUGGAUCAAUCCAAGCGAGCCAAGAACUUCAUCAACUCCAAGGGUCAUCCUCGCUACUGCACGGUCACGACGCAUGCGGACGGAAGGGUGACCCUCAAUGGCAGCAGGUCACGCAGGGGCAAAAUGCGGGGUGCUCCAGGCAACAAAGACUGGGUGACAGCACUAAAAGGGUGUGACGACCCCUUUUUUAUAGAGUUCUUAAAAGAAUGUCUUAGCUGGGAUCCUUCUGCACGCAUGACUCCAAGUCAAGCUUUAAGACAUCCUUGGAUUUGCAAACGAACACCCAAGCCCCCCAGCACUGAUAAAACCUCGAGUAAACGGAUAUCGAACUACACAAGCUCUUUCCCAGGCAUUGGUUCCAAGUUGCCUCCCGUAGUUGGCGUGGCAAACAAGUUGAGGGCCAAUUUAACAUCUGACUCCAAUGGCAGUAUACCUCUAUGCACUGUGCUACCAAAACUGGUCAGUUAAUGGAGAACGACAUACUUCCAGAGUUCCAUACCUUGUGUGUUAAUUUUCCUCCUAGUAGUCUGUAAGGUGGUGAAAUGCGGAGGUUUGUAAUGGCUUUCCUUUUUACUAAGCACUAAAUCUUGCUUAGAAAAAGUCGAAACGUAAACAUUUCAAGGGCUAAUUGUUUUAUCAAGCUGUUUCAGUUGCAACGUGGUGCGUACGGCGUCGCUUGAUAGGUCAGCACAUCUGUUUGGCUCAGCGCAGUGACAUGCUUUAACAGAUGUGCCAGUUUGGUUUGAGUUUCAUAAAAAAACAACAAGUCAGAGCAUUUCUUAUCAGGGACAGUUCAGUCAGCAGAUGGUUUGGCACUGACAGCAGGCAAACUAGGUUUAAAAUGCUGCUGUUCUCUUGGAUAGAAGGACCUUUGCUUUCUGUUUUAACUUGCAAAUGAAUUUUUGAACCUGAGGGAAGAGGUUGCAGAUCCACUGUCCAGAGCGCAAGUGUUUUAAUCUGAGAGGUUGGAAGGUCGCUAGCAAGCUGCUCAUUUAUGUUUUAACAAUGUGAUUGUUCUGUCCUGCUUUCCCUUAACCCAUGGUGGCUGGGAUUUUUCAAAGGAGCCCAAGGGAAGUAGGCACCAAAGGAGAUAGGCGCCUAAAUAUCUUAAGCUGGGAUGUUCAAAGGAGCCUACAGGCGUUUGGGGACAUGUUAGUUGUACAUAAAGACACGUAUAUGCUGCUCCCAUUGAAGGGUGUCUGGGUGCACCUAAGAGCAGAAUGUGGCCCACAGCAUUAAGCACAAGUUGCUCAAAUCCUGUUUGGUUGGAGUUUAAAUUCAAGCGUGUAUUUUGGCCAAGUGAUUCCUUCUCCGUCCCUCCCCAACUGAAAAUGCCCAUCCUAAAAACAAGCACCCCUGCUAAUGGAGGCUGCCUUAGAGAAAUGUCUGCAAUCCUGUCCUUUUAAAAUCCCUUUUUGUCCUGCAGGGUGAAUUCCAUUGGAUUACACUGAGCUGCUUCUUAAAAAAAACAGAUGCUCCUUUCCUGCUAAGCAAGUCGAAUUUUUAAGGGCCAGGACUAUAGUGAGAGGCUGUGUAUGGGAUAAGACUAGUAGUUGAAGGAAUGGUCUGAAACCUUUCUAAAUGUCAUCUCUCAAAUACCCGACAAACGCAGGUUAAACCAUCUAAGCAGAUUAGUGUCUUGAAACGAGACAGCGCGUGGCGAAAAAUGACUUCGUUUCAAGUUGUGACCUCUCGGGUAUCUCUGAGAGGGCGAUGCCUCAACUGCUGUUUUGCAUGCUUCAAAUAUACAUAAAGGCUAGGUACAGACAUUCAAAAAGCCCAAAGUGGAAUCAAUCAAAGUUGCGUGGUUUUCUGUGAGCGGCAUAGUUUAGAUGGGUGGUGAACAGAGCACACGUUCGCCCUUUGGUGGGGACGGCAAAUCUUAGACCGGGUUCUGCCGUUUUAAAACCAGUCUGUGUGUACUCACCUUCUGCUCCUUUAUGGGUACUAUAAACCUGUUUGCGAUCACUGGUAAAAGUGCGAUGUCUGUACCUGGCCGCAGUUUUUUGUCUCUCUCUCUCUCUUCCCCAUUUCUCCCCGUCCUUGCCAAGAAAUGAAAUGGCAUUGUGAUCAAUAGAGACAGCAGCACAACUUGCUGAAACUGUUAAUCCAUGUAGCCACGUGGUCUGAGCUGAGUUACAAAAACAUCUGAUCUCUUUCCAAGUGCUUGAACACAGUUUUAAAUGCAAUUUAGAGCUUUUUUAUGAGCCCAGGAUUUUAAAUUUAAUGAGUUUCUCUGUAGCAAUUUUUUUUUAUGGUAGGACAGGGAAGUUCCUGGUUACACAAUCAGUGGAGCGAUUGGUGCGUCCGGCAAAAUAAAUUGACCAAACGUUUUAAAUCCAAGGCUCUUGUUAGGUGAUGUACGGUGCACUUUCUCAUUCCUGUGUUUACUUACAUCCAUCAAUGGCAUGUUGGAUCAGGGGCCCGGGUCUGUAAGGUUAAAAGCGUGUCGGAAUACCAGGAUAAAGCUUGUCCAGCUUGGGCUUUGGAUCACGAUCAAUGGCAAACGCCUUGAAACUGGUUGAUAAAGUGACAGAGCUCAAGUUGAACAAAUAUGUGUAUUUGAUUCUAAAUUCCAGAGUUUCCCAAGAAACUUGGCCCUGUUAAGUAUUCUACAGUACAUACUUUUUAUGUUUUGUUGAGUCGCCUUUCUACACAAGUGUCCAAGUGUCUACACUUUCUACACAAGUGUCUACACAGCCUGCUUACUAGCUGUGGUAAGGCAGUACAGGCCAGCAUUUAGCCAUACACAGUUAACGGCUCCCAAAAGCCAUGGCAUGUGAUUCUUGUCUGUUCCUGUUCCACUUCCUAGGAGCUCACGAACAGUUUCUUCAGUUGGCAAGGCAAAAGUUUUUUUUAUAGGUACGUUAGGCAGGCAUAUUUUUAGACAUGCUAGAGGAUGUCUGCAGCUUUAGCAUCAUCUUGAAUAUAUAUGUAGCAUCUUGAUGAAUAAGGGAGACUUGAAUGAUUUUUUUUCUUCCCCUCCUCGCUCUUUUCCUGGUACAAAUGAACCUUCCGGCAUUGCAAAAUGGCAAACAAAGCAAUGGCAGGCAGAAACACCUUGACCCUGAUUUGGCAGGGUCCCCUGAUCAUAUGCUUAGCUUUAAGCAUGAGUCCAGUUCAUCUAGGACUACCCAUAUAUAUAAAAACAGGACUGUGUUUAAGUACUUGGCUAGAGCCGUGCCUGUGUCCCAGUAUCACAGCAGACAGGGGAAGGGUGAUGUUGGUGAUUUUAGAGGAUUUUUGCUAUAUUGACAGGUAAAUUUCUGUUCUGAAAAAGAAGUCAGUGGGCAAAUUUGGCUCUGUCCUGCACUCAUUCACCCCCAUUGACUUCAGUAUCAUUUAAUACGUGUUUAUACUCUUAGCAAAAUUUGACCCGAUAGCCCAGAAGUAGGAUGCACAUCUGAAUUCAUAAUAGUGUGAAAGGGGGAACUAGAAGCCUGGUCCUGCAAGCACUCUAAAUGCCGAGCCCUUUGUGAGGGCAUGUGGGAACGACACACGUGCAAUCCUUUGGGACCUAAAACUAAAAUGUCCAACAGUGUCACAUCCUGGAGGCGAUCGCGUUUUCACCAGUCGAACCUCACUAAUGCUUGUUUGGCUUCAUGCAAAAAUAUGACUACCUGCAAUACUGGUACGUUGCAUGCUAGUAUGUUCAGAAGUAAUGCUGAUAUUUGCCAGGAUAAAUGGACACAGCCGCUUUCUCUGUUUCUUUUCCUAUGGCUACGGCAGUGUCCUCUAUCUUCUUUACUUUGCAAAUCUACAAGACCCGGCAAAUCUCCCAGGCAUUAUUGAGGUUCUCCUGCUGUUUAAAUCGCGUUCACCUGAUGCUCUAGCACAAUUCAAAUAGGCAUUGCCAAGGUUUACAGUAAAACAAUGAAUCACGCUUCUAAAUUCCUUUUACUGAGUAAGCCCAAGCUUGUUUAAACAAGUGUUCCUUCCAAUGUUCACGAUAUUUUCCUGCACACAGCGUCAGCUCUGUAUUGUAAAUAACAACAUACGCUGUUUAUUGUGUGGUUUUAAUCUUCUUUUAAGAAGUGUGGGUUGUAGGCCUUUGGUUUAGCAAUAUUUUUGUAUUUAAAUUGCUCUAUAACAAGAAAGAAGCAUCAGAUCUGAGACCUGCUACUUUUUACGCCGGGGUCCAGAUAUAAUCUGAAAAGCCCGUGGCUCUGUUGUCCAAAGUGACGGGACAGUGAAGUAUCGUUCUUGCACUAAAGAUUAGGAUAAUACUUAUAGAUGGAUUUACACGACAGGUACAUUUACUUAAGGUUCUGUUAUUUUACUGCUGUGAUCUUACUAACAUCAAUUGCUGACAGUGGUGUUUCCCAUUUUAUAUUGAUUGCUUAUUACUGUGGGAAGAUUUCAGCUACCUUCUACAUGCAGCAGGUUCUGUUGUCCAUUAGUAUUUUUUUAGUUUUCCUUCCUACUCAGCUUGAAUACAAUCUCUGGUCUUGUGGCAAUUGAAGAAUCCGGAUCAAACUGAACAGAAGGUGUUUUUAAAAGGUGUUUAAAUACUGUAAGGCAAUUUUUGUGGGACUGUUAGUCAAAAUCUGGUAUAAUUCACAGUGAUAGUGACCCUUUUGGACUGGGAUGCUGUUAAAAACCAUCUGGUAUCUUUUUAAUGGUAGAUCGACACAAGAGGUGCUUUGUAGCAGUGAUCCUCUUAAAACUACCUCUGAAUAAACCUUGGGUCCUUUUUAAAGACACCCACUGCAGACCACAAUCCUCCUCCCUUUUUUAAAAUCGUGCCGGGUGCUUUGGUUGUAAAGCGCAUACAUGAUGAUCUCAGCAAUGUCUUACUAAUCCCAUGAAUACAAGCAAAAGGCUGAUUCUGCACCCAGAGCUCUGUAUUUAAUUGAGCGAUAUAAAUCCUCUGCCCGGCAAAGUUUAAUGCUGUUGUGGAAGCAAAGGGCCAAAACGAUAUGGAAAGAUUUUCAGUACUUCUAUGCACUAUACAACUGAGAUUAAAAACAGAUUCGGCACCAGAAGGCAUUUCUGAUGGGCAAGUUGGAGGUUUUUUUCUCUCGGAGGUGCUGAGUACCGGUCACACUCUGAUUUCAGGAGGAAUUAUGGUUGCUCUUCAACUCUGAACGUUGGCUCCAAGUUCUCGUACUCCAAGGAUACCACAAGCGCCAUUUAAAGAUUUUAACAUUUUUCUCUUUUUAGUAAGGUAUCAGGGACAUGUAAUUUAUAUAAAUAUGCAAGUUUCAUGCAUCUCUCAUACUUCCCAUAGAAGAUCCUCUCUCUAGUCUGGUGCAAACUUCUACUGGUGUUAUGUUCAAUAUAGCCUCUUAAUAUUGGUGCCCGCCAUGCCAUAGAAAAAUCCAGGGUCUUCAGACUCUUACAAGCCAACCUUCUUCUGGCUGUUUUUAAAUGAUGUGUGCUUCCUUUCUCCCGAAUAAAACCCUUAUGAAUGAACUAACUGGGUGAUUAGUAAGUCUGUGUUGCUAAAAGAACAAACUGUUCCCUUUUCAUAGUACUGUGCCUUAUUAUUUUUACCAGCCUACAUCUGUCUCAGUGCAAUCCAGUUACUAUUCAGGGUUUCUUAUACAUUGCAAGUGUUCACACGAAAAUGUCAAUAUGUCUAAAGAAUUUACAGGUUAGCCUUUGUAAUAUUGUAAAUACUGUGAUGAGUGUAAUAUGGUGGAAAUUGUAGAGACCACUUAAGGUGCAUGUGAGCUUACCCUUUUCUCUCUGUAAAGGAACACUUUUGGGGGGGAAAAAGUCAGUUUUCAACGAUGUAUGUAAAUGUAAUGAACAGAUAUUUCCUAAAAUUGUACUUCAGUUCAUUUUUAAAGAAAAAAUAAAUACAUAAUUUUCUUUA